AUCAGUGUCCAGUCGCAGGGUGUGGGGAGAGGACGUGUGAGCGAGCGCGCGCCGGGGGUGUUUUGGGGGUUCUUGGCGUUAUUUCAUUCUAAAAUAACGAACAAGAAAUUGUUUCCAAACAUCACGAAGAAAAAGAGACAUAGAAAAAGAGUGAAUGAAGAACAGAAAUAACAUAAUGAUGGAAAACGGAUGAAAAGCGAGGAAUUGAAGAACAAAUUGAGUGAACCAAAGGAGAGACAAGAAAAAACAGAAUAAUAAAACGGUAGAAAGAACAACAAAAAAUCCAUUAAAGACAGGAAAAGGUUGAUAAAAAAUCAUAAAGCUGAUUUUCGAAACCAUGUAGAUAAAGAAAACGAGAAUCACGACAACGAUGGAAUAGCAGAGGAGAGACUCAACUAUUUCUCGGCGAGGAGGCAACGGCAAGAAUUCAGUUCUGCUUCAAGAUUUUUUCCCGCCAAAAUGGACACGGCGUCUAUUGAUUCCUUCUGGUCCGAGACCCGAGUGGACUCGUCCUGGCUAGGUCGCAGUGACCUCAGAAGCCUCAACAACCCUGACCCAGCGCCGGUGCUUGACCUCGAUGCCCUGCAAGUGGCGCUCACGAGACUCGACCACUCGUACCAGAAGGGCAAGGCAUCGGUAGGACGCAGCGGGGCCCUCAGUCAUCGACGUCCGCCCUCCAGGGGAUCUCGCAGCUCAAGGAGGUCCUCGGCUGACAGUCUCCAUCUGCUUCUUGACCAGCAGGAAGUGGAGGAGGACCUGGUGGUGCCCAGGGUGGUGAAUAUCGAGGUACAGCUCGAAAACAGUAGCAAGGAAGAAGAGGACGCACGGAAGAAGUCCCGAAUCGAGGACGAUCCCCCGAGUGCGAGCAGAAAGAGCGAGGCAAGGCCGAGCUUUUCAGAGGAGAAGAACGAGGUUCCUACGCCCUCGAGCGCCAAGGCAGAGGAGGAUAGAGCGUGGGAAGGAAGCUGCUGCAGCAGCGUUGACCACAGAAGCGAGAUCAGAAGGAGGCUCUUCGAGAGUCGUCACCGAAGGUCAGGUGCUCUUGUAGGAGGAUCGAACCCUCUGCUCAAUCACUUUUCCUCCGAGGCUGAGGAAUCCUACAGGAGAAUAAAAGAGGAGGUGACAAGGCUCGCGGCGAAGAGGAGAUCCUCAAGCGACAUCAGCGGCUCACGGCCUCCGAGUGAGAGUGAAGCCACACACGACCACAAGCAACAGCUCAGGCGGUGGAGUGAAGAGCGAGACUCAUCCUUCCUCGAAUCUGCCAGCGUCACCCUUGGACGAGAAGGCGAAGACAACCGAUCCUCCUCCGAGGCCGACGUUGUCAUCAGCGACAGAGAAAGCAUAGCUGACUCCGGCCUCGUCAACCGGCGGACGGUCAUCACCAUCAACGAGAAGAAGAGCAAGUCGGCGACCAGCCUCACCCCCGAGGACUCGACGCCUCUGUGGAUCAGGGACCUCCAGACCCGACGCUCGCUGCGCUUGGGAGGGAAGGACGAGGCCGCUUCCAACUCGAGGGUCAUCCCCAUCCACAUCGACCCUGACUUUGAUGGCGGGAUAAAUGUAUCAAUCGUAAGCCAACCGGACCCAUCACGGCGAGACAGCACGUCGCGUAUGUAUGUGCGCCAAAGUGACUCUGAGAACCGUCCUUCCAGAGCCAGCGCCUUCAACGUCAGGAGGACGAUCGAGAAGAGGCAGAUCCAGCAGGAAAGACGCGAGAGGAAAGCUCUGAGAGAACAGAUCAGAGAGCAGCUUAGAAGUCUCUCCGAGGGACGAGAGCGUAAGGAUUCCUCAGGAAGCCACGGGUCGUCUGUCCACCUCAGCCAGAACUCGGUGAGGUCCAAGUCUAUGAGCUCACUGGACCAGGACGACGACUUUCGAAGUGAAUCCCCAUUGUUCAAAGUCCAGUCCAGUCCGACGCUCGAAAAGGAGAAAGAGGGAGUCCGCAGCUACCUAUUUGGUGCAACAAAUCUCACAGAAAGUGGCGAGUCAUCCUGUGCAGGAAUUCCUAAAACCAAGGAGGAACCGAAAGUCAUCAGGAGAGAAAGAGACAACACAGAGUGUGGUAGUGGCGAAUGCAAGGAAGUACAAGAACGGCCCAAGACGUAUGCUUUUGAACGUCCAGAUCUCUGGCAGUGGACUCAGUCGUGGGAUUCUCUCAAAACUGCCCAGCAAGAAGUGAGAGAAACAAAGUCUAGGUCUGUCAGCAAGUCUGUGGAUUCUGUUCAAGGUUCUAACAAAGAAGGUAGUCGUUUGUCGUGCCAAGAAAGUGCUUCAUCACUUAGAAAUUCUAAAAGGGAUAAAAAAAUCAAGAAAGCAGGAAAAACUGAGCAAAACGUACCCAACAGAAUAGCGGAUGUGAAAGAUCCUCCAGAAGCAGAUUGUUCAUUCAUUUCUCCUCGGAAAGAGUCGGAACACUGUGAAAAGGAAUCUCUCGCCUCAGUAGAGCAGUUGGAUCCGCCAGAAGCUUCUGCUCGGCCUGUUCCGCCUCCCAGAAGAAAGAAGCUUAGUCUGUCCGCAGGUCACAUCACGCUGGAGGCUGAAGAGAAGCCCAACUGGAUCCGCCUGGCGAAGGAGCGCCGGAGCCUUCGAUCCACCAGGCAGGUAGAGGAUCUAUCGGAUCGAGCCUCAACCACCGCCAGCAAGGAGCCAGAGUGGGUUGCUCGAGCCAGGAAGAAGCUUGAGGCCUUGAAUGUGACACUCACAAGCACCACAGACUUUAAUUCUGUGAGCUCCCAUGUCACGGAGUCAUCUUCUGCCUGGAGUCGUGGUGGUUUGGAUGCUCUGGAUGAUCUGAGGGAGGAAACGUCACGGAUCGGUGAAGAACUGGCAGUGGAAGCUUCUGCUAGAGUGAACGAGGAUCUUGGGAUUAAGGAUUCUUCCAGAAUGAUAGAACACAACACAGAACGUUCCCGGGAACCUUCGGCAGAAAGGCCAAGGGUCUCAUUUGAUGCAUCUUCUGUGGAUGCUUCAGAAACAGCAGAUUCCAGCCGCAGAUAUCGCACGCGGAAGUCACAGAAAGAUGAAGUUCGCUUUGGGGACUUGAAACACGACUGGGGUGGUGUUCAGAGCAAGUCUUCCAAGAACACUGGAGGAAAACAAAAAGAGAUGCGGUUUGGGGAGAUUCAGGUAAAGGAGACGCUGCAGGAGCCUCCUUCGCCAGAAAAAUCAAAGGAAAUGAGGUUUGGAGAUCACAUGAAAUCCCAGCCAAGCCAGAAGACCCAGAACCAUUCGAGUUCAGCUUCAGGGACGCGGCCAGUGAUGCGCUUUGGGGAUACGCCAUUGAAUCUGUUCCCGGCACCAGAAGCCAAAGUUAACCAGAACAGCUCCAAGUUUGAGUCCAUUGCUGGUCCAGAUCCCACCAAAAUGACAGCUGAACAGCUCAACCAAAAUGUCGAGGAGUAUGAUUUCCCAAUCCCCACAGGCAAAGAAGAUGCAAGUGAGCUAAUGCGAUUCCUGGAGGAAAGCUUAAGGAAGACAGAAGUAGUCCCAGAAGUUGUGACCGUUGACGACCAUCGACCGAAGCCCAAGAGCAUCCUGAAGAGGAGGUCGGUGGAGAACGUUCUGCACGAGCUGAAGCGGGAAGAGAAAUGCGAGUGGCUCCAAAAGGUAGAGCACCGGAAGAGCGCGUCGUUUGACUGGGACUCUGUAGGUAAGGGAGCGGAGGCGAGCUUGGACACUGGUCACACCCGACACUCCGGGUCACACCACAAGCCCAAUAGAGACCACCAUAGCCAACAUCCAAUAGAUCUGAUGAAUAACAACAGCAGUAAUAACAAUUUCAAUAACUUUCACAAUAAACAGUUACAUGAUAACCUAACCACCACAACAGCACCAACAAUGGCAACUAAUGGCAGCUUCUUUAAUGUUAAACUCCGGCAUGUCUCAUCUAACAAGCGCGAACAACCAUCACUCACUAACGACCACACGCUUCGCUUCCACCUUGAGCAGUUGCAAUACAGGCGGUCACAUGGUACAGCUGACACACAUGCUGAGGACAUGGGGGAUGUCCCCUGCAGGGCCUCGCAAGGACAAAGAGGCAUCAGGAGAGGGUCAAGGGGCGGUGACAGCCACGGUUCCUCUUCAGCCUCCAGCCAGGAAUCUCUCUCAGACACAGGAGGAGGAGGAGGAGGAGAAGGAGGAAGAGCUGUGGGUCAUUAUCGCACAGGGGAAGAAGAGGAGGAAGAGUUGGGGAGAAGAGAAGAGAAAAAGGAAGAAGUGAGAAGAAGGUCGACUAGCAGGAACAGUAUCCAAGUCUUAGAGAAUGGCAAGGCAAGAAGAGACAGAAGCAGAGCCGAAUCAAAGAGAGAGAGAGACUUUAAAAGGUGCGAAAAGGAAGAGAAGGAGGAGCAGAUGGAGGGAAAAAGAGACACGAGAUUAAGGGAAGUCCUCCAUAGGGUCUCAGAUCCUCCUGCUUCAUCUUGGGGUUCCUGCAGGACUGGAAGAAGCUUCAGUGCAACAGAGCUACACGAAUCCGUCCAAGUCUCUUCUGAGUCGUCGUUAGUCUCAAGACCGGACCAGGAGGACCACCUUUCCACUUCUCUGCAAGAAGACUGCAGCCAAAGAAAGGAUCGGAUUUCAGAAACAGUCAACGAAAUCACAAAUGAAAAGAACGCUGUGUCGGAACCAUCACCAAACGACCAUGCUUCCGAUGUCCAAGAUUCGACCCAAAAAAGUUUGGAUCCUCAUUCCCCUGAGGCUUCAGUGCCUGCUGUCCUUACACCCCCAGUUGAGGAAGAAGUCGACCUAGGAAAGGAAAGUCACAAGAGCGAGGAAGUCCCCCCAAGGGAAGUAAUAAAUAUAGGAUCUCAGCAAGGACUAACAACACAAAAAAACACACCACAUAAAACUUACAUCGCUUCCUAUCAUCUAACGUCACUGUCAUCAUACAAGAGCUUUCCAGACGCCCCAACCGCCUCCUCUCCCGCCCCGGGUGAGCAGGGUGACUCCCCCGCCCAGGCCCCCAAAGAACGAAGAUCUUCAGGCGCCGACAAGGAGGUCCAGUCUUCCGGCACCUUCGUCUCACAGCACACAAUGGAGAUCCAGGGAGCGAAGUCUCCAGCGAAGGUCUUCAGCUUCACCUUCAGUCCCACUCAGACCACACGACCAGAGACAGUCCUUGCAGACUUCGAAGGUCCUUCCAUAAUUCCAGCAAGUGUUCGUGAGGAGGUGGAGGUGGAGAAAGAGGAGGUGGGAGAAGAGGAGGAGAGGGAGGAGGAGGUUUCUCGCAAAGUGCAGGAGAAGAACAUUCAUAGGAGUGACGGCAGGAGAGUUUUCACAAUAGUGACGAAUCCUAAUGAUGUGAGAAAGAACAUUGAGAAGAGCAACACCAGCGUCUCCCCUGCAGCUGAAGGCUCAUCAAGCAAGUCCAGAAACAUCAAGAUAAAUAUUCAGAAUGAGAAAACGGUGAGCUCGAAGUCUCCAGAAAUUCCAGCGAAGCCUUCCUGGAUGAAGCUUGUGACCCAGAACCUUUCCAACAGCAGUGAGAGGCGAAGGUCAGAGGACAAAGUUCACGAUGGAAGUUCCUCAAAGAUGAAGGUUCAGCAAGUAACUGUAGAAGUUGUGGAUGAUGAAGAGCCACGAAAACGUAGGUCAGCGAAGGAAGAUGAAAGGAGAAGAAGCAGUUUGAUGGAAUGGGAAGCACUGCAGCGACAGAGGCUUGAAGAUGAGGAAAGGAAUCGCAUAAACAAGAACCUGUCAAUGAAACCAGUUUCAACAAAAAUCAAGGAGUUAGUCAAAAUGCAUGGGAGUUUCAUGUCUAUGUUUAGUAAGGACAAGAAAACUGACAUUAAUGGCACAGUUGAUGGGAAGGAUGACAUUGUUUUCCGCAAAGUGACAUCGGAAAACUCAAGCUAUGAAUUAAACAACGAAGCAGUGAAAGACACCACAGUUCCUAUGAAAUCUCCUUAUAUAGUCAGAAAGUUACUCUCACCCGUGAAACAGCCAAUCCCUCAGGAGGUGACGCCUCCCCAGCGGUUAAGUCGGAAGGAUGCAGCUAAGGGCACUCCAUCCUCUCACAAGAGUCCACGCGUUUCACGGAGGGACAACUCCAGAUCAAGGUUGGCUGAAGGAAGGAGGGAUGCUUCUCCUCACAAGUCUGUGUCAGAAAAUAACAGAGAGUCAGUGAAUAUGAAUGGUCAUCAUAGACACGCCUCUAGUUCACCAUCCUCCAGAUACAGGAAAACUUCUACAAAAGACUCAUCUUUAGAAUCCACAAGCAGGAGCAGGGACAGAGAAUCCUCAACAAGACCCAGCAGAGUUUCACAGUCACCAUCUAGAAAUCCUGAAGUGAAGGCGAGACACAAAGACGCAGCUCACACCCCCAAGUCACCAAGAAAGGCUUCGGCAUCAGUCGACUUAGAAGAGAAAUCCAGAACGAAUCCACCUUCAAAGGAAGGAAGGGUGAAAGAACUAAAGUCACAAAGGGAAGAGUAUGACGCAAAUGGAGAGGUGAGUGACGGCUCAAAUUCCUUUAGCUACGAGAGAAGGAGGAGCGAAGGAAGAUCCAGUAUAAAGGAUCCCCAGAAGAGGAAGGAAUGGCUCAACAGGAUGCUCAACACCAUUUCUUCCGAUCACCUCUCGGUCUUAGAAGACAAGGACCAGAUGAGCAGCGAGAAUCACCUUCAGCCACCUCCGAGUCCAAGGAAAACGCAUGACAGACAAUUGGAUAUAAAAGACGUUCCUAGUGCUGAACUGAAAGAUUCUGCUUCUCUUGACCCUCCAGCUUCCUCGUCUCCUGCUCCCACUCCCCCAGCCAGAAAGUCCUCCUCAAAGGGCUUGAGUGCUGACCCCCUCACCUCCACUCCUAAUAAACCUAAAUUCACAUCUUCGUAUCUCUCCUCUCAUCCUGUGCCAUCCAGUCCGCUGUCUCCUAUCAAGCCUGCAGUGCCGAAUAAACCAGCUAGCGUGAUCUUAAGCAAACCCUCUGUUGUGGCCUCGGAUGUUCCCACUUCCUCUGCCAAGCUCAGUCCUUCCCUUCCUGACACCCCCAGCUCUCUCAGAUCCUCUUUGAGGGACACCCUUCAGUCUGAUUCUUCAUACCGCCGGGGACCAGUGAGUCUCUCCUCCAUCUUAGGCGAUCAGUCCUCACGCUCGUCCUCGAGAACCUCUACCCCCCUCACCUCGCCCAGAGCCACUCCCGAGCGGGUCAUCAAGAAGGACUCUCUCGACCAAGUUCCUAAACUCGAUGUGAUUCCUGAGUCAUCUUUGAGAUCUUCAGUUUUAAAUACUCCAGAGUCAGUUGGUAAGGCCUCGGAACCUGUCUUAAGAUCCCCUGAGUUGGCCUUAAAAGCCCCAGAGUCUGUUUUAAGGGCUUCUGAGGCAGUGCUAAGAACUGCAGAAACAUUUACAUCUGCCACAGAAACAACCUUGAGGACUGCAGACUCGGAUUUGAAAGCUCCAGAAUCCGUUUUAAGAGCCUCAGACUCAAGAACACCAGAGUCUGUCUCAAGAGCGUCAGAGUCAGUUCCUAGAGCUUCUGCGGUAGUUUCGAGAGCAUCCGAUUCAGUGCUUAGGUUGUCCGGGAGAAGAUCGGACCCUUUGUGUGGCGAGGACCAAAAAGAGAACAUUGCACCAAGUCCGAGCCCCGUGAGAUGUACUGACGCCAAAGCCAACAAAGUUAUGGAAGAAGGAAGGACGAGUAGCAAUUUCUCACCUUCUUCCUAUAGAUCUUCUUUUAGAUUAAGAGAGAGGAGCGAGGAGAGAAGGGAAGAAGACAAAAAAGUAAGUGCAAAGAAUAAUGCUAAUAGUUCUUGGCGUCCCACAUCAUAUAAACCUUUCACCUUUGGGAAGCCAUCAGUAACACUGAAGGCUAUGACAACAGGUGUAGAUCCACAAAGAGUGUCUACAUCUAAGAACUCAAACACAAAGAGAGAACAAAAAACAGACACUUUCACUUCACAAAAUUUACAUACCCACACUGUGUCAGAAGAGACAAAGGCCAUUAAUAGAAAGACUAGUAGAACAGAAACUAAUUUAUCGUCGCCUGAGAAAAAGGAAGAUCAAAUAUCAAAAAGGUUUUCGGCCGAGAGGAAAUCCUUGCGCUCAAGAAUUAGUACAAAUGAUUUGCAGAAAACAGAGAACAAGACAACAAAAAGUUACGACGACAAAGCAUCCUCUUCCCCAGGGCCUUCAUCCACAUUCACAAGGUACUCGAAGGAUCGCACAUCCCUGAGGUCUCGCGAGUUAUCCGAGAGGUCGACUCCUGACAGGGACAGCAGCGGCCCUGUGUCCCUCUCCUCCAUCCUGACGAGGGACGUGGCCCCGAGAACGAGCACGGACGAAGAGCCGAGGGACUUCCAGUUCAAGCCGAACCUGUCCUUCUCAGACGAGCUCAACGACAUCACGCUCAAGUACCGCAAAGACCUUACGACGCGACGACCCUCUUCCGACGCGACCCACGACGACGACGACGACGACGACGACGUGUUCAGCCGCAACGACCCGACCCGAGGCUCCAGCGUCGAGCCCGAAUCGAAGGAGCCGUCGCCCGCGAGGGAGACCAAACCCAAGGGCCGCGAAAGGAGAACGAACAAGGACGGCGCGACCCACACCCCAGGCCGGGCCUCGAAGGAGAGCUCGCCUGCGCCGAAGGGCCUGCCGAAGUCGUCUUCGUCGAGCGGCUCCUCCAGCAGGCCCAAGACCACGAAGCUUGUGCGGAGGAACUCGAGCCUGAAGCGAAGCCGACCCGAAGAAGCUGGGGCGACUUCGAGGACCACGGCCAAGAAGGAGAGGAAGGACUCCGAGGACGACCCGGCUGACCUCAAGAGCGAGUCGAUCGUGCAGGAUCCGUCGGGCUGGACCAAGACCAAGACCACCGUCAGAAGGGCGAGGCUCGGGUCCUUCGAAAAGACACGCCAGAUUGCGAGGACAAGCAGCGGGAGGAACAAAAAGGAGAAGACCUUUAAGAUGGACGCCUCGAAGCAGCUGGAGGAGUGGGCCGCUGGGACGAAGGUGCAAGGGAAACUCAUGAAAAAGGAGGGCCAGAGGUUCAGCCACGAGACGGAGGAGGAGGUGAAGGGCGGCCAGAGGACCAGCAAGAGCGUCGUCAGGAGGGUCGUCCGCCGUGGGUCCCGGAGGCUGUCUGGAGGAGGAGAGCUUCUGACGGAGACCAAGGAGACGUCUUCGGCAGGAGCCAAGAAAGAAGGUCAGAGCGACAAGCCCGACGCCAAGACGAGGUCAAAGGACGACCCGGAAGGAGGUCAGCAGCUAGUGGCCCUGCCUCCCGCCGACGAUGGCCUCUCCCGCAAGAUGAAGACCUCCACGGACGGCGAAAGGUACAUGACCCAGAGCGUGAGCAGCAAGGGCGGCAAGACGACCUUCACCACCGAGGGGGUCAACAACAAGACCACGAACUCGGUCGAGGUCAUCGGAGGCGAGGAUUUCGAAGCCAAGCGCCACGUCCAGGGCAAGACAGGUCACAGGGUCGUCGUGGAGAGUAGUAACGACACCACGGGACGACCUUCCACGGUUGUCAAGAAGGUCACGUCCCAGUCCAGGGUCGUUAUAACAAAAACAAAAAGGAAAAUUCCUGUUGUUGUGUGAAGGCGAAGGAGAUAGAAGAGAAACGAUAAAGAAGAGAUAAGAAGAGAGGCGAGAAAAGAAGAGAAGAGUGAGGAGAUAGAAGUGCGAUAAGAAAAGAGAAGAGAAAUAAUUGAGAAGAAAGGUUAAAGAGAAGAGAGAAAAGAAAAAGAUAAACAAGAAGACAAAAAGAAAGAUAGAAACACAAGAAAAGAAUCAGAAAGAAUUAAGAAAAAAAAAAAAAAAAAAACACAUGAAAGAAUCAGCUGUUAAUUUAUUUCUUAUCUUGAGCUCAAUAUCUAAGAUAAAGAUUUUUUUUUAUAGAAUUUGUGCAUUUUUAUACUUGAGUGAAAGUCAUUUUAAAACAGGCAGUGAUGAAGAAAAAAAAAUUAAAGUGAAUGAUUUCUGUGAAAUAUAAUUUGUGAAUAUUAAAUAAAAAAAGGUACAAAAUUAAGACAAGGAAUGACCGACAAAGACUUAAAAUAAGAAACAUAUAAAUAAUAAGUGAUAAUGUGUGAAUAAUGAUUAAUAAUAAUAGCAUAAUGUGAAGGGAAAGCAAAAGUUCCUCUUUAUGUCUCAACAAACAUGUUCAUGACGAUACUUUGUUAUUUUUUACAAUUGCUAAGUAGACACUUACAAAAUAAGUAGAUACUUACAAAACAAUUUUUUUUAACAUACUAAUUGUUAAAUAUAACGCAUUUAAUUUUUACUAGUCUGUGAUAUCAUGCUGUGUGUACUGAAAGUUAUUUUUUUUUUUACCUUUUUUAAAAAACAAGAAGGAAAUAUUCGAUUAUGCAUUUCUUUCUCUUUAAUGAUAGCAUUUGGUAUGGACUUCAGUACGCAUCACUCACCUAUGCUCACUUUAUUCUGACAUUUAAUAAAUAAUGGAUAAUGAUAUUCGUAUAAUAAUAAUGUUAUUGUAUUGUGGUUAAUUUCUGUGUAAAUAUGGAGCCUUUUUUUGUACUUUCUUGUGGUGAUACUUGGAUAUAUGUGUUUUUUUUUUCUCGCCUAUUAUGUAUUAAUUGUGAUUUGUCACAGUGCAGCUUUUUUUUUUUUUUUGGCAACGUCCCUCCACCCUCCCCCCCAUCCUCUUAAUUCUGUUACAUGCUUCACGUUUUCUAUAGCAAUUCGGUUUUAGUAGCCACGUCCAUGCUAAGAUGUGGGUUGGAGUAGAAGUUUUUCUGCAAUUAAGGUUUCUUCAGUCCGGGUGUCGAUACACUUGCACGCACACACACGGUCAAGAUAUACAGCAAGUAAAUAGACAAAGGUACACUCUGUUAGUGAGGGGUGUUUGAGCAUACAUGCAGAGGCACCUAAUCAUUCACACACAAAAACACACGCACACGUACACGUACACACACACACACACACACACACACACACACACACACACACACACACACACACACACACACACACACAUAUACACACAAGUAC